ACCUGGAAACCCGUUUACAGUUAAAGGACAAAAACGACCCCUGACACCGGAUAGCAGAUUAGUAGACCACGGAGUGUACAACCAAUCGUAAACUAUCAGUACACAGGAUGGCUCAGUGGUAUGAAUUGCAGCAAAUUGAUGGCAAAUUCUUGGAACAAGUUCACCAGUUAUAUGAUGACAGCUUCCCCAUGGAGAUACGUCAGUACCUGGCACAGUGGCUUGAAGCACAAGAUUGGGAACAUGCCUCAUUCAAUGUCUCUCUAGCCACAAUUCUGUUUCAUGGACUUCUGUCACAGUUGGAUGAUCAAUAUAGCAGAUUUUCCUUGGAAAGCAACUUCUUGUUGCAGCAUAACAUUCGGAAAAGCAAACGCAACCUACAGGAUUUAUUCCAAGAGGAUCCUGUACAAAUGGCUAUGAUUAUUUACAACUGCUUAAAAGAAGAAAGUAAAAUUUUGGACAAUGCUCGGUUAUAUACGAAGAGUCAAGUGGGCAGCACACAAUCUACCGUGAUAAUUGACAAGCACAGGGAAUUGGAUAAAAAAGUGGCUGAUGUUAAGAAUCGAGCUUUCGAGGUAGAACAGGAUGUGAAGAACUUAGAAGACUUGCAAGAUGAAUAUGAUUUUAAAUGUAAAACUGUACACAGUAGAGAAAAUGAACAUAAUGCUCAAAGUGAACAUCUUGCACAAAAUGAACUGAAGCAGGAAAAACUGGUGUUACGAAACAUGUACAUUGCCAUAGGUAUUAAAAGGAAGGAUAUUGUCCAAAAAAUAGGAGAACUCCUCAAUAUCACGUGUCAUACUCAGAGUUCUCUUAUUAACGAAGAACUGGUGGAAUGGAAGCGCAGACAACAAAUAGCCUGCAUUGGAGGUCCUCCAAAUGCUUGCCUUGAUCAACUCCAGAGCUGGUUCACCUCUAUUGCUAAAAGCCUUCAACAAGUUCGCCAGCAGCUGAAGAAAUUGGAAGAGUUAGAGCAAAAGCUCAUUUGUGAUGGUGAAGAUCCAAUUACGAAAAACAAGCAAGCCUUCCAAGAGCGCACACAAAAUUUAUUUAAGCAGCUAAUACAAAGCUCAUUCGUGGUUGAAAGGCAGCCCUGUAUGCCAACACAUCCACAGAGGCCCCUGGUAUUGAAAACUGGUGUUCAGUUCACUGUGAAAUUAAGACUGUUGGUCAAACUGCAAGAGCUUAACUAUCAGCUGAAAGUUAAAGCAGUGUUUGAUAAAGAUGUCACUGAGAAAAAUACAGUGAAAGGGUUCCGGAAAUUUAACAUUUUAGGUACACACACAAAAGUAAUGAACAUGGAGGAAUCAACAAAUGGAUGUCUAGCAGCAGAAUUUAGGCAUUUGCAACUAAAGGAGCAGAAGAAUACAGGAUGCAGAACAAAUGAGGGACCACUUAUUGUUACUGAAGAGCUUCAUUCUUUGAGUUUUGAGACACAGCUUUGUCAGCCUGGUUUAGUUGUGGAUUUGGAGACUGCAUCACUUCCAAUUGUAGUAAUUUCUAAUGUAAGUCAGCUUCCUAGUGGAUGGGCGUCUAUUUUAUGGUAUAACAUGCUGACUUCUGAAGCAAAGAAUCUAUCCUUUUUCCUAAACCCACCAGCAGCGAGAUGGACCCAGUUGUCUGAAGUGCUAAGCUGGCAGUUUUCCUCUGUAACUAAAAGGGGGCUUCAUGCAGAUCAGCUAAAUAUGCUUGAAGAAAAACUAUUAGCUACUAACAUGAACAGUACAGAUGAAUUUAUUCCCUGGACUAGAUUCUGCAAGGAAAAUUUAAAUGACAAGAACUUUCCUUUCUGGCUUUGGAUUGAGGGCAUCUUAGAGCUAAUUAAAAAACAUCUGCUUUGUCUGUGGAAUGAUGGAUGUAUUGCGGGCUUCAUUAGUAAGGAAAGAGAACGUGCACUGCUGAAAGAGAAGCAGCCAGGAACAUUUUUAUUGAGGUUUAGUGAAAGCAGCAAAGAAGGAGCCAUCACCUUUACCUGGGUAGAGAUAUUACAAAAUGAACCUGUUUUUCAUUCUGUGGAGCCAUAUACAAAAAAAGAGCUGUCUGCUGUGAGUUUUCCAGACAUUAUUCGCAACUAUAAAGUAAUGGCAGCUGAAAAUAUUCCUGAGAACCCACUAAAGUUUUUAUAUCCAGAUACACCAAAAGAUAUGGCAUUUGGGAAGUACUACACAAGGCCUAAAGAUGCUCCGGAACCUAUGGACCUUGAUGGACCUGAUCGAAUAGGAUACAUCAAAACUGAACUAAUUUCAGUAUCUGAAGUACAUCCUUCCCGACUUCAGACUGCAGAAUCACUUUUGCCAAUGUCACCAGAUGAAUAUGAUGAUCUAACCAAACUUUAUGGACCAGCUGAAUUUGAAAUUAUGCAUUCCUAUAACAGCUAAACAGCUUUCAUAUUCCUUUGGAUCAAGGCUUCUCUGCAAGAUUAACCAUUUGAAUCAUAUGCUUGUGUUUUAAGUAAAUAAGUACUUUUUAUGUUAAAGGGGUUUUCCGAGAUAUUGGUACUGAUGACCUAUCCAACACCCAGGACCUCCGCCAAUCAGUUGUUUGAGAAGGAAUCAGUUCUCCUGUGAGCGCCACAGCCUUCUCA